UAGUUCUAAUGCACCCUCAGUUCAGUCUGAUGUACUAGAGUUGCACCACCUUAGUUCAUUUUAAAGCACCUGUAGGCUAGAAGAGGAUUUCUGCGACAAGAAGACCGACGAGUGAGGCUUUCACUCCGGAAUUCGUAAUAUUCCAUAUAAUAUAUAAAUAAGUCACUGCGGGGAUUGGAUAAGUUUCAGUAAUUGAAGAGAAAAAAAGGAUGGUGAUCCUUAGUUCUCGCCUUCUUGUUGUUUUAGCGCAAGGCUGUGCUGCUGCCCAUAUCCAGCCCUCGACUGCAGCCCAGGGGAGUCCAUAUCUAUCAACACCAUUGGCCAGGCCACGACUACGACCACCACGCGGGAACUUUACGACAUUGAUUUUUUUUUGAUUCUGAAAUCUGAUUUCUAAUCGUAUUGACGAUCCGGGCAUCGUAUUCCGCCUGCUAUUUUCUGGUGUUUACUAAGGCCAGCUGGUUGCAACGUUCUGAUUCCUAGUGUCGGUAGUCAUUGAAUGAAGAGCUUCAUAUCUUUAAAUCUAUCAUGAUCUUUAUCAAUCUAUUGAUGUGAGUGAAAAUCUCUCUUCUAAUCUUCAUGCAGUACUAGACUCCCUCGACAACAGGGUCGAAAGUGCCUCUUCUACCUCGUCACAACUACCUCAAGAGUCUGUAGUGAGAACGUAUCCAAGACGUGGAGGAUUACUUGCCGGGUCCCCGCCUGCAGUGAGCAGUGUAGGAUUACUUGCCGGGUCUGCUAUUGCGAGCACGUUAGCAACAUUCAGCAGUGCGCGCAAGAAACGAAUAUCAUUAGGAACGAGACCAGUUUCUAGUCGUAGACAAAUUUGUACCUUAUACAUCGAUGUUUUGCACGUAAAUACUCAAACUAUUUUGCUACCGGUACCUUAGACGUAUGGAUCUGAAGUAAUGGAAUGAAGGAAGUGGAAGAGACGAAAAGUGUAAAUGUGCAAUGGUGCCCAUGAUAGUGCUAUGAAGAUGACACACAACACUGAACUAUCGUUAUCUCCUUUGAUGUUAGAUUUUUCUUGCUUGAGAUCAUUUUGAUAGCUCUAAAAAGAGGAGUGUUACGAAUUCUCACAUUUCUUUGAAAUGAAUAAUAGCUCUAAAAAGAGGAGUGUUACGAGUUUUGAACUCCUGGAAUCACAUUUCACUCAAAGGAAUAAAGAUAGCAAUAGCUCUAAAGAGAGGAGUGCUGCGAAGGUGUAGGAUCGCACAGGAGUCACCUGACAACGACUCAACUGCAGAUGCUCUGCUUCGAGCAGCGAAGGAGGCGAGCGCCUUUUAUGAAUGGACUUCAUUUUUUUAGGAAAUAGCAGCGAAGGAGGCGAACGCCUUUUAUGAAUGGACUUCGGCUGCAUCACCGAUUCAUCAAGAACACACCUCCACUUCAUCAACAACUUACCCGACCAAUCCACAGUGCCGCACAGUGACACAUGAUCCACUUCUACCACGAGAAUUCUUUUAGGAUGUAAAACAGUUUUUUUCAAAGAACGCAGUCCUGACCUAUAUAAUAAUCCUGAAUCAGUCCUCUUUGUAACCAUCACUGCUGCGCACAUCUGAAGGAGGCGAACGCCUUUUAUGAUGAUGAUGAGAAGUUCGAACUCCCAUCACGCUUGCUAAUGAAAACGACUUCUCAAACAGGAAAUGACAACAAAGACCUUAUAAUUUCCUACAAGCGGUUGGGUUUCCCUGAACCUCCUCCGCCUCCUCGUCCUCCUCCUCCUUCUCUAAGGUAGUAAUGCGCAAGAGGUAAAGGACGAUGGAUCUUCACGUAGAGAAUCAGGCUCCGCCACCUCCAGUGAAAAUAUUACGAAGGAGACAAAGAAGCUUGGCCUCUGCAGCUACACAUUGUUCACAAAAAAUGCCUGAGCCGUGACGCAGUGAGUCAUUGUUCUUCUUUCACUUUCCUCCAUCAUCUUGCAUUAUUAUUUUUACAACCUCAACUCUUCAAUCGCUCCUCUCUCUCUAAUACUUCAAGAACAGUGCUAGUAUUGUUGUGCCCCAGUUCAUGUCUUCACAACCUCAACCCGACAUACUAGUACAUAAGUAGUACUGACAACAUUUAUGCAUAGGUAUUCUCAUGCAUCGCUAAUGUCAGUUGUAGCAGAGCUGAUAGAAGACAAGUGGACUUGGCACCUGGGAACUCAGAUAUUACCAUCUUGGCACCUGGGAACUCAGAUAUUACCAUUCACGAUGUCCGGACGACCGAUGAAGGCAACAAACCAUCCCUCCGAAAUUUUCCCGCACGCUUUGUUUUAUGGCGGCUCUGUUCGUUGUCCAACUAUACAAGAUCAACACGCUUUCAAGAAAAUGUACAAGAACUCAUAUUUAACUCAUGACUGUCUUUGAUAGUUGUUGCAACUCCUACAACGAACACAACAUUUUUUACAUUUACAGUUCGUAAAUGCUUUUUGAUCUACGUACUAGGCUUCUAAACAAAUAAUUGGUUUCUUUUUGACAUUUUAUGCUUCGAUGGUUUCCCUUAUGAACAUCCUCAGUGAAGAGAUUCUUCACCUUGCUAGUACAUAAAAAUUGGAAGGAUUUCUAAUUUCUGCUGCCAUAGACAUAGGGUCUAUGAUGCACAAGCUUGCAAUCGUGAUGACGGGAAGCAACGGUGAGCCAGGCAAAAUAGUUUUCAAGAAAGAGGCUCUAGUUUGCUGGGAUGAGGGGAUCAAAGGUGAUUGGGCAAACGGUAAGUUAAGGCUCGCUCUAAUUCGUCGUCAGAACUACUCAAAAGCGUGGUCUUAGGAUUCUUCUUGCGUCUCUUUUCUAGUAAGGGGAAACUAGAUACGCCAAGAAACAUAACUCGUGAGAAGAAUUUAGGCAAGCUCCUCUAAGGACCGGAACACUCUCGCAAGAAGUGAUGCAGCACAGUGUGCGGGUACUAUGAGAACAAGUAAGUUUCUUGAAGCAGGAAAAUCUUGUUGUUGUUUUCGAUCGAUGUUGUUAUCGCUGUAGGCCAUUGAGAUAGUUGUAGUACUAGGUGAUGCUGUACUAGUGGCUCAUACUCGUAUGCCAUUUCUAUGCUGCAGGUGCAGGGAGACGAGGAUCUUCGUUUACAUAAUUACGCUUCAUCUGGGUCCUCUUGAGUAGUUGGGAGUAGUGCUAGCACUAGUGGAGAACAAUCCACUUUUCAAAAACACCCUCAGAGUACUUGUUAGUAGGAGUACGAGAAGUAACUGAAAAUCCAUUUUUCAACGACACUCUCAGACAGUACGAAACUUAAUGGCGGAUGGUCAGAAAGCUGUUGAGGCUAUAGUACAGGAAAUGGCAGAUACAACAAUCGAUCUUUCCGAAAAAGGAGAGGAACAAGCCACCACUUCAUAUCAGGUUUUCUUAUACAGUUAGAGUUACAGUAUAUCUGGGGUUGGGCUUAGGGCUUAGGGUAACUACAGUAACAUGGAGCAAGAUUAUGAUUAUACACUUAGAUGGAGGGUAAGGAUUAUGAUUGCACGUAGUUGAGAAUGUCACGUUGAGAAUGAUGUUGAGGGUUGAGUGAAAGUGAUCAUCCUUCACCCCCUCACAGAUGCACAAGCUUGCUCGAGGAGCGUCCAUUUUUCGCAAGUGCACGAGUGAAACAGUGACCGAGUACGCGCGUCUCCUAAUCGAGAACGAGACGGGAGUAAUCGAUUUUGGUGUCAUUUAUGACCACCGCAUUUUUCUAUUAAAUAAUCGGGUUUAGGGUGUCCUUAACACUAACAAGUUCUCUACUAACUGUAACUUGUUUCGGUUGAACGAGGGAGCGCAAGCUGCUCUGUUCUUCUACUUGUUCUUGUUCUAGUACUACUUGUGAAGUGGUUACACGACCAUGCAUAACAAGUCAUGAACUCCAACAACUAGAACUAACAUCUUUGUUCAGAUAGUAAUAUGUAAUGAAGAUAUUCAUGAUUUUUUCCGCACUAAGUCCCACCACAAAGUGACGAGGCUGUGAUGGGUCAGCUUGGUCUAUUCGUGGAGCAUCCACAAUACCGAGACCCCUUGCCGCCAGCGGUCCUCGAUGUCGGUGGACACAGUAUUCAGUACGUCAAUCGCCAUUCCGAAGUUCACCUCGUAGAAGAAGCGAGUAUGGAGGUACAACUUCUGCUCAAUAAUGUAAAUAACAAUGAAUAAGAAUAUUGUCAACAUUCAUCAAGCAAGACAUAAAGAACAUAGAUUUUUAUGUCUAAGGUGCUUGUCUAAGAAUUGUACUUUAGUAUUGUCUGUGUCUACGGAUUGUAACUUAAAUCGCAGCUACCUCUACUCUCGUUAUAGAUGAUGCAUAGCUUUAAUACUUAAAUACUCUAGAAAAAUUCACCAGGCUUUCCAGAAGUUAGCGGUGCUUCACGUUCUAGAACGGAAGGAUCCACGGUUCGUUGGGCAGGCGCUGAUGGGCUUGAUCACUCAAGACCGGAGAAUACUCACAGCGCUCGACCCAAAUCCAGUAUCCCUGACAGAAUUGGACAAACUACUAGUGCAAAUUUACGGUCGGGAGGUCGGAAGAACAGUAAGAGUAGUACGUAGUUCUUGAAGUAAGUAUCUGACAAGUAGAGCGAAGGCUUGAACACUCACUCCAUCUGUAACUAUAAUCUUCAGAUGAAGGCACAGGAUGAUUCAACGGCCUCUACAUCGUGUUAGCCAAAGACGUAACGUGAGGCGUCAUGAUAUGACAUGAGGCGUUACAAAUGAAGAAAGUUAAGCCCUCCACUAGGCUGGCAUAGUCGUAGUAGAUGCGCUAGAUGAUAAAAAUUCAACUAUUUUUAUUUGAGGCUUCUAACAGACGGAGUCAGAUUUUCGAGAGCGUAUGCCAGUCUUCCCGGAAACCACACGAACAAGAAAAGGCGUCCAGGAUAAUCAUGUAUUUCUAUACUAUGCAGCUUUAACCUUAACCACACCGUAUACGCUUAACACUAACACUUUCAUCAUGUUUAUGAUUAUCGAUCGUGCCAUGAUUACCUUUACCUACGACCCCACACACUAUCCUAGGCUCGCGAACGAAGCGGCAUGGUAAUUGGCAUCACCCCAACGAAUUCCGUUUUCCACUUUGCGAGUUUGCUUCUCGGUCGUCGGGACCAUAUCACUGCAGACGACCUUUACACAGCACUUGUCUCAAGAGUCAUCGGAAAAACUAGCAAGUAAGUACUUGUUUGUUUUUUGGUGGUUUUGUGUCCAACCGCGUCAAGAAGUUGGACUUAAGGGAAGUCACGUAGAUAGUGGACCUCUCCUCUCCUCUGGCCCUUCAUAUGAGUCCUCAACUGACCCACAUUGCCGCCACACGCCAGGCCGAGGGGGGGUCUCCACGGGCAUGCCGCACGCACACGCAGGAGGGGUUUCGCGGUGCCUUGAUCGAUAGGGCCCGCGUUGUGAGAGGGCUGCGCUUGUCUUAUCAGUGUAUUACGCAGCUACGCCCUCGAGGCAGCCUCACACAGAACAGAAGAUUCUCACGCGUCACCGACCAAGGGGCGGGAUUCGCACGGAGAUGGCUGGAGACGGCCCAUGGCCCGCGAUGGGAGACGCCGGGGGUGAAAAUGCCUUACGGGCAUGACCUGCUGCGUACGCGGGGAGGACAUCCUAGGCCCACUGAGUGCGGCGUGGCUGGCUGAACUUGCUAGCCGCGUCUGACGGCAGUGCAGGAGAUGGACGCGCUGGCUCGUCUUCUAUUCACGGGGAGACCCACGUGACAGGGAUACGCCAAAAAAGGCAAAGGCCCACGCGAGGGCGGUCACUGCGGCAAACGUUGCGGAUAGCGCAAAUGCCUCCCACCUGGAGAGCUGCGGCAUUGAUUUAGGGCGCAGCAGCUUGGUGCUGCGGGGUCAUCCUCAUACCGUAGGGAGCACGCUUCCUACGGUAUGAGAACGACCCCGCGACGGGGGGAGCAGGCUGCGCGGCUUCGGAGGGAGAAGCCGACUUUGUGAGACACUGCCCGCGCACCAUGAAGAUGGACAAGGGUAGGGCAUCGGCCCGGGCGUCGGUGCGAGUAUUCGCGCCUGGUUCCCUUGGGUUUUUCCGGGUGGCUUUAUCUGUUAACACCCCCGGCCACCUCAGACGCCGCCGCGCAUGAGAGAACAACUGCUACCACGGCUCGCCGCCGUGCUCUAGUAAGUGCGUUCAGUGCGUGUCUGUAGAGUAACGUUAACAAACUACAAAAUUUCCAGGGAACUCGAGUCGGUCUUUCCCGCGGGUGAAGUUGAAAAACCUACCCCAGCCGUGUCGCAAAUAGCGUUGCUGAUCGCACUGAUGCGAGCGUGGGCAAUUCCAGUCGUCCAUUGGGAUAAUUAUGUCUGUAGAUGAAUAGAAGCGCUUGACCCUGGAUCGAGUAACAUCAUUACCAGAAGUACUUCAAUAGCACUACGUCUAAAAAAAUGCAUGGAAGAGAAUGGGGAAGAUGCCAUCUUUAAGCUAUGCUGAAUGCAUGAAAAACAUUGAAAAUGAUUUCGAUUCCCUCCAUUUAAGAUCAAGAAAGUUUGUUGCUCAUCAUAUGACAUACAUAUGAGAAGUGGUCUUCAUCACAAGAAUUCAAUAGAAUCCUCUAAAAAAAAGUUGGACUCGGUUUAGCCCCUGGACUCGCGCAACGGUAUUUAGACGAGCUAGAAGAAGAGCUGGCCUCCUCGAAACAAGCUUUCUCCGACACAGCGCCAAAGUUCAAGGGAGUUAGACGCUUUGGAACUUUCUACAUAAACAUAUGAUAAAAAUAUCAACUUUGCAUUUUGCAUAGAAUUAGAAGUUGAAGUAUUGGCUAUAGUAAUGUAUCACAGGCUAGCGCAGGGAUGACGACAUCCCUGCGCUGCUGUUAAGUUUAUUAAGUGACUUCGGACUGUCUCGUGUAAGUAUAAGGUCUAGAUGGAGAAACCAAGAUACUUCGGUGGUGAUCUUCUGGCAAAGUUGAUGACUUUAAGAAAGAAAGAACUAAGAGGAAAGAGCGAAAUAUUGCAGAGACAAGAACUAAUAACCCCAAGUUCUACUUUGUUGAAUCUGUGAACGAGUGCCAGCAAGAACGUGGAUCCGAAACAUGCGCUGCUUGGGUGAGGAACGUUUUGCGUAAAAGUAUUAGCGUGAGAGUCGAGAACACUGCGAUGAAUCAACGGAAAAAAUUUCGGGCGUGUAUUUGCACGCAACGCGCGCGAAGGAUAUGCCAACCGGUUCGGGUCAGUGAUACAGUAUUAGCCACAAAAUCAAUAGUAGAAAUGUCAGAUAUAUACAGGUGUAAAAGUUGGAAGCUGCUACUCAGCAGAUGACGGGUCGCUAUGUUCAGAAUCAGAUGAGUUCGCUGCUGUUGCAGGCAGUUGCUGCGUGCGACAUUUUUGAAGAAAUUGCAAACUCUUGCAUGCGAGAUGAUUCAAAUCAGACUGAGAUAACGCACUUGCUCGAAAAU